AUGUCGUUUAUGGGGGGAGACAAAAGCGACGCAGCGUUGAGAUUCCCGAGUACAGGCAGAGACAGACGGCGUUGGCGUGUUGUCAACCACUUACUUGGUGCUGGUCCAACCGCCGAGAUGGAACAACCCGUCCCAAGCACGCGCUGGGUGAGUCUCCAAGCACGAACCAGAGAGCGAGGCUUGGAGUCGCUGUUGCUUAUCCUCGACAUACCCGUGGCACGAGAGGAUCCGGCCGACUCGUCAAUUGGCCAUUACGAGCCUGUCGAGCAGAUAUUUAUCCCGUUUUUAUCAAAAAAGGGCCAGUAUAUGCCCAAGCUCUGCGGUGGGGAAAACAUCAAGACAGACAUAUGGCAGGCGUCUAUAAUGGUGGAUGAAGGGCUGUGGAAUCGAGCCUGA